AUGCCUAUUGUUGAAAGCACAAGGACUGUCACUCUCAAAGCUCAUGGCACUUCCUAUCAGCUUCUCGCAGCAAACAUCGCGGAUAUUACCACCGUAUUUACCCCGCCGGCAUCUUGUGCAACCCCCUGUUAUUUCCCAAAUGAUUACAGUCGUUCCGAUGUCGCUCUCAUUGGCACAGCAUGCUCCUAUUCUGGCAACGACCACAAGGAAUGCGAGCCCGGUAGUUAUAACAGCUCGGCCACAGUAUUUCCGUAUUACUCCCCUGGAUUAUGUCCACAUGAUACUAUGGCGUGUAGUCCAAUCUCGGAAAUAGCCUUUGCUCCGAACGUUACUACGCAACUACGUGCCCGUGUCCUCCUCGAUAAUCCCAAUCUUCUUGGCCCCGAACGCCUCCGCCACUGGACACUCUUGGCAAGCUCGUCAUCGGCACCAAGCGCCUCACUGGCUGCAGCAAACUCAAGCACCUCAGCUUCAUCCUCGUCACUCACCAGCACCCAACAGCCAAUCUUCUCACAGUCUCCGACUACUUCUCAGCCCCCCAAGGGCGGCCUUUCGGCAGGCGCUAAAGGUGGCAUCGGCAUCGGCGUUGUCAUAGUGGUCUCACUGAUCGCAGGCGGCGUAUACCUCUAUAUCCGCCAUUUGAAAAAGGCGUUGAAGGCUGCGAGGGAUGAGCCGGAGCAGGCCAAAUCGGAGUUACCUGCUACGGGAAAGAAAAGAGUGGAGCCCGUCGAGAUGGGCGUCCCAUCGCAUGCUGCUCAUGAGCUGGCUGUGAAUGAGAUACCAGUCGAACUCGAUGGGCAGGUCGUUGAAGAGGCUAGGCGACUAUGA